CUAAACAGCGUCUUUGUAUCCCUGUCUGCAUCAUUGCCUAGGCCAAAAAGAUGGUGGAUAACUAACAGGAGAGGAAAACAAGUUUUAACGCACCAGAAUAAAAAAAAAGAAUGGCGAUUACGUAGAUAAAACAUUCAUAAUUUAUUUAUUUCAACUGUAUACUGCUUUAUUAAGUAACGAAUUUGGUGUUAUUACUGCAAAAAAGCUGAUGGUAGAACAUGACUGAUGGCAGAAAGUAAAAGAACUGUUCUUAUUAACAAGCUGCUCUGCUUAAUCACAGAGCGAAAUCAAAUUGGAGAUCAAUUUGACGAGAGAGGAUUCACACUACUGGAAACAGUAUGUGAUGGCUUACAAAAUAUGUCAGCCGGAAAUGUUGUUUCUAUCUUGUCAAAAAGCUGGUUAUGCAUUGGAAGUUGUGAUUUUGCAAACGGAUUAGAGUAUUGUCAGGCUGCUUUGGAUUACGUGUGGGAGGAGUUAAAUACGGGAUACUGGAAGGAUGUGGAUAUUUGCUGGAGAAAGGCAUACACGCUUUCUACAUUCCUGAAAGUUUUGUGUCAAAUUGGGAUAUGUGAGAGUAGAAAUGAAGUUUUCAAAACCUGUGAUAUGGGAUUGCUUAUGGGGGCGCCAGUGCAUAAGAACGUUUUAGUAAAGGUUAUGAUGGUUUUGCAAGAAGCUGAAUUUAGCUUUCAAGAGCAUGAAUCAUCUUUGGCAGAAUGCACUGAAGUUUUUGUGGAUAACAAUUUGGAAAAUAACAGAAAGAUGAAAGUCCCUAUUAAAAGAAAAUGGAGAGAUGAACUGAAUGAUGGAACUGCCAGCAAAGAAAUCAAUGUUGGUGGUAUUGAAAAAGUUCAACUUCAAGAAAGCUCUGCUUUGCAAAAUGACAAGAGCGCGACUGAAAAGAAAGAGGGUCUAGAAAUUUUUGUAUCGGCAGAUAGAUAUCCUUUUGGUUUAGCAGGCAGUAGAAGCAUUGAGAGAAUCUCAAACCCAUCACUGCAGAAUUUUUAUACAAAUUUCAUGAUAAAAUCAACCCCAGUUGUUAUUGAAAAUGCAAUUAGUCAUUGGCCUGCAAUGUCAGAAAGAAGAUGGAGUGUCAAUUAUAUCAAGAAAAAAGCUGGACAUAGAACAGUACCUAUCGAAAUUGGGGGAAGAUACACUUCUGAGGACUGGACCCAGAAAUUACUUACAAUAAAUGAAUUCAUAGACCAUUAUAUAACUGAUAAUAGUGAUAAAGGCUACUUAGCACAACAUCAGCUUUUUGACCAAAUACCAGAAUUAAGAAAUGACAUAUGCAUUCCAGAUUAUUGUUGUCUUGGUGAUGAAAAUAAUGAUGCAAUGGUCAAUGCUUGGUUUGGUCCUUGUGGAACUGUUUCACCCCUGCACCAUGACCCGUAUCAAAAUCUGUUUGCACAGGUGAUAGGAAAAAAGUACAUCAGAAUCUACGAUUUGAAGUAUAGUGAGAAUGUGUACCCUCAUGAGUCACACUUACUGGAUAAUACUAGUCAGGUUGAUGUAGAAGAGCCAGACUUAGAAAAAUACCCAUUGUUUUCCCAUGCUCCAUAUAUGGAAUGCAUUGUUAAUGAGGGCGACUUGCUUUACAUACCAAAGAAAUUUUGGCAUUUUGUACGGUCUUUGUCAUUGAGUUUUUCAGUAAGUUUUUGGUGGUGAUUUACUUUGAAUUGCCUAAGUUUCUAAUGCCUGUCUUCUGGUAGUUCAUACACAUACAAUAUAUAGAAAUAAAGUUAUUGGGUUUUUCUCAGCCUCAGCAGCAAAAGUUCAUUAGUAAUUUAUAUAUUCAUACAAAACCAGUGAUAAUAAUCAGUCAA